UCAAUUUCUAGUAUUGAUUCAACAUUAAAAAUCGACGAAACUACACAAGCACAAAUGCGUCGCCAUACAACAUUAGUUAGGUUUAUGGAUACUCAUUGCCAAAUGCGUGCUUAUAGUUUUCAGGCACAUCCAAUCCCAUCAAAAGAUCAUUAUACAAUUUUUCAACAAGUUUAUGGUACUAAAACCAUAGAAGAAUAUAGGCCGACAUAUAUUCAGUCAAAGUCUUUAACUAAUGAAGAACAACAGGAUUAUCAACAAAUAUUAGAAUCAUAUUCAUACUCCUGUGGCAUACCAAUUUUUCCUGAUGAUUAUUACUUAAAAGAAGUUAUAUUC